AAGAUAAUAAAUAGCGAGUCGCGAGCACAUUAAUGAGUUAUAGGUGGGAAUUAUAAUUGUUGAGGUCGGGUGAUCGAAUCCCAUAUCCCAUGGUGAGGAAAUAUUUAGUAUCAGAGUAGAAUUAGUAAUCCUGAUGCCUCUGUAACUCUUACUCUGUCUCAGUACAUGGCGAGGUGGAUCUUCUUGUGCAAAAGAAUUAGAAAUUUUGAAAUUUGAAAGCUUCUUCUGUAAUUCUUACUUGUCUUAUAAACGUAAGCUAGGUUUCUGAAAAACUGAUCUUUUACAGAAAGUUGUUUAGUCUAAACCAAUCCGACCAAACCCUGGAUGACGAGGUGGAUUUUCUUGUGCAAAAGAAUAAGCAAAUUUGAAUUUUGAAAUCUGUUUCUGUAAUUCUUACUUUGUCUUGUAAACGUAAGCCAAGUUUUGAACAACUGAUCUCUUACAGAAAAUAAUUAGCAAAUAUUUAGUGAGGAAAGAGGUGAGAAAAUAUUUAGUUUCAGAGUAGAAUUAGAAAUUCUGAUGCCUCUGUAACUCACACUCUGUCUCGGUACAUCGCGAGGUGGAUUUUCUUGUGCAAAAGAAUUAGUGAAUUUGAAUUUUGAAAGCCUGUUUCUGUAAUUCUUGCUUUGUCUCGUAUUCGUAAUCCAGGUUUUGAACAACUGAUCUUUUAGAGAAAGUUGUUAGUCUAAACCAGUCCGACCAAACCCUAGAUGACGAGGUGGAUUUUCUUGUGCAAAAGAAUAAGCAAAUUUGAAUUUUGAAAGCCGUUUCUGUAAUUCUUACUUUUUCUUGUAAACGUAAGCCAGGUUUUGAACAACUGAUCUCUUACGGAAAAUAAUUAGCAAAUAUUUAGUGAGGAAAGAGGUGAGAAAAUAUUUAGUUUCAGAGUAGAAUUAGAAAUUCUGAUGCCUCUGUAACUCACACUCUGUCUCAGUACAUCGCUAGGUGGAUUUUCUUGUGCAGAAGAAUUAGCGAAUUUGAAUUUUGAAAGCCUGUUUCUGUAAUUCUUGCUUUGUCUCGUAUUCGUAAUCCAGGUUUUGAACAACUGAUCUUUUACAGAAAAGUUGCUCAGUCUGAACCAGUCCGACUAAACCCUAGAUGGCGAGGUGGAUCCAAAUGGUGGAAAUUGGACGGAUGGACUCCUCUUACUCAUCCAGCGUCGCGGCUUUUCUAGCAGUGGUCGUAUGCGUCUUCGCUGCGGCAACAAUGGCGGCGGCGCUCUGCGCUAAGGAUUUUAAAAGCCGCUACAAGAGCCGCCGCCGCGGGGGUUGCUUGGAGGCGCCGCCUGGUUGUUUGGGGAAUUGGAAGCUGCCGGUGGAAUCAAGGGGCAGAGCUCUCAUCAACACUCUGAGCAACAAAAGCCUUCUUUUCAGUAAGAAAUGGCGGCGAAGCGAGAAUGAGGAAGCGGAGGGAUAUGACAGUGCUGGUACGGAAGUCGGCGAUUUUCUGUGGCAGAAGAACAUUUUGAUGGGAGUGCGCUGUCAGCCUUUGAAUUUCUCAGGGCUUAUCAUUUACGACCACAAGGGAGAGCGUUUGCCCCAAUUACCCCCGCGCUCCCCUGAAUUUAACGACUUCGUUCCUUCUCCACAGGCGGAUAAGGGGGAAAUUUGAGUUUAUGUUUUGAGUGUUCUUGAUUUUGGAAGCGUGAAAUACUCCAGAGAGCAGGCGAUGAUGUUGAAUGAUAAGACAUCAAAUAUGCUUGAUCAGAUUGGAGAAAUGAGAUAAAAAAAGGGAAUCGCAUCGCAAGAAUUAAUUUCAGAGAAAAACAGAGGGAAGAUUUCUAAUUUCUAGUCUGUAAGCUUGAAAAUUUGUAUAUAACUAACCAUGGUUUCUUUAAGAUUAUUGCCUGAAAACACAAUAUAAUCUUGAACAGACCUUAAGAAGUUCUGCAAGACGGUACAAUCUUCAUUCUCUUUUAAGCUUUUCAUUUUUAUAUUGCUUAAAAUUUUGAGUUUCUAUUAUAGAGGUUUAAAUUCAAAAUCUCAAAAGGACAAUUUUAAGUUUGUAAUUUUUAAUUAUCUUUUAAUGUGCUAAAUAAAUAGAUUUCAGAGUUGUGGCUUU